AUGGAAACGGAAAUGGAAUUGCCGCCAGAUUUUGCUGGAGAAAAUCCCAAGGAAUGGCUUCGAAAGUAUAACGAUUUCUGCUCAAGCUUGCGUAUUCCUGAUUCAGAGAAGAAGGAUUGGGUGGAGCCUUUCUUACGUGAUGGAACUAAAAUCUGGUACGAGAAUUUCAAAAAACUGGUGAGCGCGCAAUUUUCUUGGGAUGAAUUUUCAGAGAACCUAAUCUGGAGUUUCGGAGGCAAGAAUGAGUCAGCGUCGAACAAUCAUCACGCUCAGACAAUGGAUCAGAUGGAUGUCGAUCAUAAAGUUGAUGUUUCUGAUAUCCCCCAUCAUGGUAAUAUUGUUACUUGUGCUAAUGAUGCUCACCAGAAAGCUGGAGAUGUUAAGAUUGCUCCUGGGUCUUCUAAUAUUAUAGAUAGAAUGACUGGCCAAAAGAGGUUGGUCAGCAAUGGUUGUAGUUCCCCGCUGAGUAUUGCAUGGGCCCAAGAGGCCCUUGGAAUGGACGCGGGGGAAUCUGAUGUUCAUCUUGAUCUUACAUUUCCAAUCACUUCUACUUCUCCACUGAAUGGUAUUGAGGGGAGGGAGAAGAUUGACAAUGACCAUGAAUCCCUAACAUCUAAGGGUAAACGAGUUAUGCAUACUGCAUUAGCACAUGAAGCGCCUGAUGCCCAAAGUGCUCAUCCACCCCACAGCCCUCCCACUGUAAACGAACUUGCAAAAAGGCAGAAGCCAUGGUUCACAUCAAGUAGUAGUGGUGAAUGCUCCAGAGCAGCCUUGGAUAGUCGAGAUGUCAUACUUAAUUGCUCAUCUGGGAAUGCAGAAAGGAUGCAUGAAACCAGAAGUAGGAUUGCUGGGACUACUCUAGCAGCUGAAGUUGAUGGACCUAGCACCCAAGGUAGCAAUAGUGACAAUGCCGCCGGUGCUGUGGCAUUACCAAUAGAAGCUGAUGAAAUAUUACUCGAAGAACAGUUUCAUGGUGAAGUACCCAGUGUUGGUGUUAUUGAGACAGAUGCUCACUACGAAAUGGCGGUGCAGCAGGCAUAUGAGUUAUCACCAAGGAUUUCUAGGAGAAGAAACGGGCCUAAUUCUAGAAGGUCAUCUAUAGAAAGCUCAUCUAGGCAGCCACAAUCGACCACAGCUACAGUCCUUUCUCGUAGAGGUUUUCAACAUCGAGCUCCUACUGUCAAUAGAAUGACCAGAUCAAGAAAUCGUGGACUGCCUGCUAUAUUCUCUAUUAGACAGAUAGAUUCUCUGUUCUCAGCUGACAUGGAUAUUGAACUGAGAAUGGACAUUUUGGAGGCAAUAGUGGAUAUAAAUGAUGACUCGGAGGAGGAUGAUAGCUUUCUUCAAACCCAACAUGACUUCAAUGAGAAUGAGUAUGAUGAAUUGUUAGCGGCACUUGGUGAGAAUAUUCACCACGGCAGUUCAUCUGUUUCCCGGAUUGAUAGUUUGCCACAAUCCAUCGUUCAGAGUGAUAGCUUUGAAGAAGCUUGUGUGAUUUGCUUCGAUACACCAGUAAUCGGGGACACUAUACGCCAUCUUCCUUGCCUUCACAAGUUUCACAAAGCUAGUAUGGAUCAGAUGGAUGUUGAUCAUAUAAUUGAUGUUCCUGACACCCCUGAUAGAAUAACUGCUCAGAAUGUGAAUGGCAAGAGCAUUCUGGACAGACGCAUGAACUCAUCCAUGUCUGGGUUUCUAGAAAAUCGCAGUCGUCCUGAUGGACCGGCUAUAAAUUUUUUGAAAGUUAAGGAGAAUGGGAUCAGAAAAUUUUGGGAAUCUCCUUCAAAGAGCGUUAUUCCUUCAAGUGUGUCUGAUCAGAACAGUUUGGGACACCCAUCCUCUUCAAAUAACUCUUCUGUUACAAGAAGACUGGUGACUGCAGAUAUGCCUACUCAUGAGUAUACUCGUUUUCAACCUACAGAGAAUAAUAAGAAAAAGCCAUAUUCCCAAUCUUCUUUGGGCAGUGGCCCUAUUGUAGAUACUAAAGAAUUCGAUGGGCGUGUUGGAGCUUGCAAAAAAGCUUUGCCUUUUGGGGUCCCAGAUAAUAGAGAUGAAAGAUUUAGGAGAAAAUUGCCAUCAGUAGUCAGGCCAUCUUUGUCACGUAGUAAUGUGAGUUCUUCGAUGACAUCUCACUCGGAAGAUAAAGGCAAAGAAGCUGGGAGAUCAGGUUCAGGGUCUGAUUAUGUUAAUGUGGUCACUUCGGCGAGUAAUGCGCACCACAAAGUUGCAGAUGUUAAGACUGCUGUGGCUCCUUCUAAUACCAUGCAUAGAGUUACUGGCCAAAAGAGAUUGGUAAGAAAUGGUUGUAUUUCCCCACUUAACAUAGCACGGGCAAAAGAGUCUGUUGGGAAGGAGAAGGUGGAAUCUGAUGUUCAAAAUAUUGGAGGGACAGAGAGGAUUGACAGUGGCCACGAAUCCCUUCCUGUUAAGGGUAAAAGUGUCUUGGGCACUCCAUUGACAAUCAACGAGGCUGAAGCCCAAAGUACUCAUCUAUCCUGCAGGAAAUCUCUGAUUACUGAAAUAGUUAAAGACCCAUCUAGAAGCUGUGAGGAACUUGGUGGGUGGAUAAGUACACGUAAUCGUAGUAAAUUAAGUUUCCCAUCCCCCAGUCGAAAGCAUUAUUCUGAUAAGUGGGUUGAUUUGAGCAGUGGAUCUCCCAUGACUAUGGCAAAGAAAUUAGAUACUGGAAGUGCUUCUGGGAUCAGUCUCAACCAUCCUAUGAAUCUUCAUGUACCUUCUUUACCUUCUACAAUGCCUGAACCUGGCCAUUUAAUGGGACAUCAACCUGCUGUGAACGAAAAAACAAAAAGGCAGAAGCAGCAGUUUACAUCAAGUAAUAAUGGUGAAUGCUCUCGUUCAGCCUUUAAUAGUCCAGAAGUUGUACUCAUUGGCUCAUCUGGGAAUGUACCAAGAAAGUAUGAAAACAGAAGUAGGAACCCCUUGGAUCCUGUAGUGCCAGUUAUCGAAAUUGAUGAGAGUAGUCCAAGCGCUAAAGUUGAUGGACCUUCUACUCAAAGUAGCCGUGGCCAUGAUACUGGUGCUAUGGCAAUGCAAAUAGAAGCUGAUGAACUCUUAGCGAGGGAACUUCAAGAACAAUUUUAUAAUGAAGUGCCUAGUGUUGGUGGGAAUGAGAUGGAUGCAACCUUGGCAAUGGCCUUGCAGCAGGCAUAUGAGCCAUCAGCCAGUUCUUCUGGGAGAAGAAACGGGUCUAAUGCUAGAAGGUCAUCUGUAGCAAGCUCAUCUAGGCAGCCACAAAUACCAUCAACUGCAGCUGCAACCCUUGCUCGUAGAGGCUCUCAGUCUCGAGCUUCCACAAGCAAUAGAAUGUCCAGAUUGAGAAACCGGUUCCCUGGACAGCCUCGCACUUUAUCAUCUGGCAGAGCAAGAGAUCCCGUGUUCCCAGCAGGAAUGGAUGUUGAAACGAGAAUGCACAUUUUGGAGGCACUAGAGGCUAUCAGCGACGAUAUGAGGGUGAACAGUAGCUUGCUUCAAACCCAACGUGACUUCAAUGAGAAUGACUAUGAGAUGCUAUUGGCACUUGAUGAGAAUAAUCACCACCGUGGUGCGUCGACUUCUCUGAUUAAUGGUUUGCCACAAUCAACAGUUCAGACUGCUAACUUUGAAGAAGCUUGUGCCAUUUGUCUUGAUACACCAGAGAUGGGGGACACUAUACGACAUCUUCCUUGCCUUCACAAGUUUCACAAAGAUUGCAUCGAUCCCUGGCUGAAGAGGAAAACAUGUUGCCCCGUUUGCAAAUCAUCAAUAACCUGA